CACUGAUGGAGCCCUUGGAGUAAGUAUCAGUGCUCCAGGAGGUGCUAUUGCUUCAGUUCCAAACUGGACUCUGCGAGGAACACAGCUUAUGAAUGGCACAUCCAUGUCUUCUCCCAAUGCAUGUGGAGGCAUUGCAUUAGUAUUGUCAGGACUCAAAGCUAAUGAUAUUCAUUACACUGUUCAUUCUGUCAGAAGAGCUUUAGAAAACACUGCAGUGAAAGCUGAAAACAUAGAAGUUUUUGCACAAGGACAUGGUAUUAUUCAGGUUGAUAAAGCCUAUGACUACCUCAUUCAGAAUUCAUCAUUCACAAGUAACAUAGGCUUUACAGUUACUGUUGGCAGCAACCGUGGAAUCUACCUCAGAGAUCCUGCCCAGAUAGCUGCACCUUCUGAUCAUGGGGUUGGCAUAGAACCUGUCUUUCCUGAGAAUACAGAAAACACUGAAAGAAUAUCUCUACAGCUUCAUUUAGCUUUAGCUUCAAAUGCAUCAUGGGUCCAGUGUCCUAGUCAUUUAGAGCUUAUGAACCAGUGUCGACACAUAAACAUUCGUGUAGAUCCACGUGGUCUGAGAGAAGGACUGCAUUAUACAGAGGUAUGUGGAUAUGAUAUAGCAAUGCCUAAUGCAGGUCCUUUGUUCAGAGUUCCAAUAACUGUUGUUAUACCAACAAGAGUAGAUGAGUCAUCGAGCUAUGACCUGACAUAUACAGAUGUUCAUUUUAAACCUGGUCAAAUCCGAAGGCACUUCAUUGAUGUUCCACAGGGAGCUACGUGGGCUGAAGUGACAGUAUGUUCAUGUUCAGCUGAUGUGACUGCCAAGUUUGUGCUGCAUGCUGUUCAGCUAGUGAAGCAAAAAGCAUACAGAAGCCAUGAGUUCUACAAAUUUUCAUCUUUACCAGAAAAAGGAUCAGUGACUGAAGCAUUUCCUGUCUUAGCUGGAAAAACCAUUGAGUUCUGCGUUGCUCGGUGGUGGGCAAGCCUUAGCGACGUUAGCAUUAAUUACACCAUUUCCUUCCAUGGGGUACUUUGUGCCACUCCUCAGCUAAACAUGCAUGCUUCAGAAGGCAUUGUACGAUUUGAUGUUCAGUCCCUGUUGAAGUAUGAAGAUAUUGCUCCCUGCAUAAAUCUGAAAAGCUGGGUUCAAACACUCAGACCAGUGAGUGCAAAAAUAAAACCUUUGGGCUCCAGAGAUAUCUUACCAAACAAUCGUCAACUGUAUGAAAUGAUUUUGACCUAUAACUUCCAUCAGCCCAAGAGUGGAGAAGUAACUCCAAGCUGCCCGCUUCUUUGUGAAUUGUUGUAUGAAUCUGAAUUUGAUAGUCAGCUGUGGAUUAUUUUUGAUCAGAACAAAAGACAAAUGGGUUCAGGAGAUGCAUAUCCACACCAGUAUUCUGUGAAACUGGAAAAAGGAGAUUACACCAUUCGGUUACAAAUUCGUCACGAACAGAACAAUGAGCUGGAUCGCAUCAAAGACCUUCCAUUUAUUGUUUCUCACAGGUUGUCUAGUACCUUGAGCUUAGAUAUUUAUGAGAACCAUAGCCUUGCUCUCUUAGGGAAGAAGAAAUCCAACAGUUUGACAUUACCACCAAAGCACAGUCAGCCAUUCUUUGUUACAUCUCUGCCUGAUGACAAAAUACCUAAAGGAGCAGGCCCAGGAUGUUAUCUUGCAGGAGCUCUUACACUGUCUAAAACAGAACUGGGAAAGAAAGCUGAUGUCCUUACUGUUCACUAUCACCUGAUACCAUCACCAUCAAAGAGUAAAAACGGCAGCAAAGAGAAAGAAAGAGAGCAAGAAAAAGAAAAAGAUGUAAAAGAAGAAUUUACUGAAGCUUUAAGAGAUCUGAAAAUACAGUGGAUGACCAAGCUGGAUACUACUGACAUGUAUAAUGAGUUGAAAGAAGCAUUUCCUAACCAUCUUCCAUUGUAUGUUGCAAGACUUCAUCAGCUGGAUUCUGAAAAGGAACGAAUGAAAAGACUUGAUGAAAUCGUUGAAGCUGCAAAUACUGUAAUUUCUCAUAUUGAUCAGACAGCAUUAGCAGUAUAUUUUGCCAUGAAGACUGAUCCCAGGCCUGAUGCAACUACUAUAAAAAAUGAAAUGGAAAAACAGAAGACUACUCUAGUGGAUGCACUUUGUCGAAAAGGGAGUGCACUGGCUGACCAGCUUCUUCAUCUGCAGGCCCAAGAAGGGGCUGCUUCCAGUGAUGCAGAAUGCAAAGACGAGGAUCAUGAGAGCUGCUCAGAAGCUUUGACAGAGACAUUCUGGGAGACAACGAAAUGGAUUGAUCUUUUUGACAGCAAGGUGUUGACUUUUGCCUAUAAGCAUGCAUUGGUAAAUAAAAUGUACGGGAGAGGUCUCAAGUUUGCCACAAAACUUGCAGAAGAGAAGCCAACGAAGGACAACUUGAAGAACUGCAUUCAGCUAAUGAAGUUGCUUGGAUGGACUCACUGUGCAACUUUCACUGAAAACUGGCUUCCUGUCAUGUAUCCACCUGAUUACUGUGUAUUCUAGAAACCCAACAACUGUAAACUUAAAGUGAUUUUAUAUGGGCAGGAUAUUAAAAGAUAAGUUUGACUUUUUAUUGGAAAGCAUGUUUUCACUCCUGAAUGCUGAUUAUUAAAUUGUGUGUAUUUAUCAGUAAAGGCACCUGGGUACAGCUUAAUACCUGUUAACCCUAACUCCUGUCAUCAAGGAGUUUCCUUAUUGUGCAUCAUCCCAUUGCUGGCAAUGGAUGUGCCAGAACUGCCAACACCAAGGAUUUGGAAUUAGGCUGGGAAGGCUUACUGCAUGCAUAUUAGGUUCUUAACAGUUACUUUUAACAGCAAACCUGUAAAAGCUCUGUAUUUUUUACAGUAAAAUUAAUUAUAAC